AUGGACCUGGCGCGCGACGGCAUCGCCGGCAUCACGCUGGCGCUCACGUCGAUUCCCCAGGCCGUGGCCUACGCGGAGCUCAGCGGCGUCGCCGGCUGGCGGGGCCUGGCGACCAUGGGCUUCCCCUGCAUGGCCUACGCGCUCGUCACGGGCUCGCCCUGGGCGUCCAUCGGCGUCACGUCCAUCACGGCGCUCAUGGCGCGCACGGCCCUGGCGGACGCCCACGAGGCUUUAGACGAGGAGGCCUACGUCGCGGUCUACGCGUGCUUCGCCGUCGCCGUGGGCGUCGCGUCCGUCGCGCUCGCGGCGCUGGGCCUCGGCGGCGUCGCCGUCGAGCGCAUCCCCGGGGCCGUCAAGGCGGGCUUCAAGCUCGGCUUCGGCUGCGCCGUGAUCUCGUCGCAGUGCGCCACCGCGCUCUUCGCGGGCGGCAAGCGGGACCUCGCGGCGCUCCUCGCGGGCGACGACGGCGCCUUCGGCGCGGCGGCGGCGGCGCUCGCGGCGUUCCGCGAGGCGUCGCCGGCCCUGGGCGGGCUCCUCGCGGGCGCGCUGCCGACGCUGCGCGUGCUCUACGCGGUCUGCCACCCGGCGAGCUGGUCGCCCGAGGUCGUCGCGGUCGCGGCCGUCGUCCUGUUGGGCACGCUCCACGGCAAGAAGUUGUUGCCCAGGGGCGCGCCGCCGGGCGUCGAGGUGCUGGUCCUCGUCGGCGCCGCGGCGCUCUACAGCGAGCAGGUCGGCUACGGCGGGGGCGUCGUGGGCGCGCCGCCCGAGGGCGCCGGCGGCGCGCCGUGGGAGCGCAUCGUCGCGCCCUGGGCGCUGCCCUGGGACCGGCUCGUCGACCUGUGCUUCGGCGGGUCCUUCCUCAAGCUGGCGCUGUCGGCCGCGACCUUCGCCGCCGUCGACUUCCUCCAGUCCGUGUCCGUGUGCUCGGCCUUCGAGUCGGAGAACGCGCUGUCGUGGUCCCCGAACCGCGAGCUCGCGGGCCAGGGCGUCGCGUCCGUGGCCUCCGGCGCCUUCCUCGGCGGGCCCUGCGGCGCGUCGCUGUCGCGGUCCAUGCUCGCGCGCAUGACGGGCGCGAGGAGCGCCAAGGCGGGCUUCGUCCACGGCGCCGCCGCCGUCGCGCUGCUGCCCUACGCGGCGGUGCUCAAGGCCGCGCCCAAGGCCGCGCUCGCCGCCGUCGUGCUCGCCGCCGUCGGGCCGGGCGUCGCCAAGCCCAAGGCGCUCCUCGCGCUCUCCGGCGCGGACGCGGCCGUGGGCUGGGCGACCGCGGCCGUGUCCGUCCUCCAGUCGCGCCGCGCCGCCCUCGGCGCCUUCUCCGGCGUCGCCCUGACGCCGCUCGUCGCGUCCGCCGACGACGGCGACGACAAGCCGAACCUCGCGAAAAUCAUCGGCAAGGCCGCGGGCGGCACCGGCGACGGCACGCCGAUCGGCUUCCCCAACUCGGGCUACGCGGGCCAAUCCUCAAAAAGCAUCGGCGAGGCCUUCUCCGCCGCGACGGGCUUCGACGGCGAUAUCAAGAAGCUCAAGAUGCCGGACCAGUUCACGGACAAGGCGUUCAAGAACAAGGGGCCCUGCACGCCGACGGCGUGGAAGCAGUGUCCGAACACGCCCUAG